GCCUGCGCACCGGAGGCCGGAGGAGUCUUACCCUAAUGUAAGAUGGUGGCCCGUCUAGCUGUGGAACCCACCGAAAGCUGAGAGUCUCUCUCAGCCGUAAAGGUCGGACUCGCUGAAGCAGUCAGGCCCGGUUCUGAAGAGUUUUUUCGCCGACUCUCGUUCAUUGGUCUCCUGUGAGGACUCGGCAGCGCGUGGAGUCGGCUAAGAGAAAAGCGAGGCAAGGCAGGCGGGUCUUCAGAAUUCUACAUUUUAGCUCUCAGUGCUGAAUUUCCUUCCCUUAAGUUAUUAUAAACUUUUGCUGCUGUCAAAGAAACGUGAAGAUGUCUCGCAGUCCCGAUGCAAAGGAAGACCCUGUGGAAUGCCCUCUUUGCAUGGAGCCCUUGGAGAUAGACGAUAUUAACUUUUUCCCUUGCACCUGUGGCUACCAGAUAUGCCGAUUUUGUUGGCAUCGAAUUCGCACUGAUGAGAAUGGACUUUGUCCUGCAUGUAGAAAGCCAUAUCCAGAAGACCCAGCAGUUUAUAAACCACUUUCCCAGGAAGAAUUGCAAAGGAUAAAGAAUGAGAAAAAACAGAAACAAAAUGAGAGAAAACAGAAAAUCUCAGAAAAUCGAAAACAUUUGGCUAGUGUACGUGUUGUACAAAAAAACCUUGUCUUUGUUGUAGGUCUGUCACAGCGUCUAGCCGAUCCAGAAGUUUUAAAACGGCCAGAAUAUUUUGGGAAGUUUGGUAAAAUACAUAAAGUUGUCAUCAAUAAUAGCACAUCAUAUGCAGGCUCACAGGGUCCGAGUGCCAGUGCUUAUGUAACCUAUAUUCGGUCAGAAGAUGCUCUCAGAGCAAUACAGUGUGUCAACAAUGUGGUGGUAGAUGGCAGGACACUUAAGGCAUCUUUAGGUACAACGAAAUACUGCAGUUACUUCUUAAAGAAUAUGCAGUGCCCAAAGCCUGACUGCAUGUAUCUACAUGAAUUGGGAGAUGAGGCAGCCAGCUUCACAAAAGAGGAAAUGCAGGCGGGUAAACACCAAGAGUAUGAACAGAAGCUACUCCAGGAAUUAUAUAAAUUAAAUCCCAAUUUUCUUCAGCUAUCUACGGGUUCAGUUGAUAAGAAUAAGAACAAAGUGACACCAUUGCAGAGGUAUGAUGCCCCCAUUGACAAACCUUCAGAUUCUCUCAGUAUAGGGAAUGGUGAUAAUUCCCAACAGAUAUCUAACAGUGAUACGCCUUCACCACCACCUGGUUUAUCAAAAUCCAAUCCUGUCAUCCCCAUCAGUUCAUCCAAUCACAGUGCAAGGUCUCCUUUUGAAGGGGCAGUAACAGAGUCACAGUCAUUAUUCUCAGACAAUUUUCGCCACCCCAACCCUAUACCAAGUGGGCUUCCUCCUUUUCCCAGCUCUCCACAGACACCCAGUGAUUGGCCUACAGCUCCAGAACCACAGAGCCUCUUCACAUCAGAAACAAUCCCAGUAUCAUCAUCUACAGACUGGCAAGCAGCAUUUGGCUUUGGUUCUUCUAAACAACCAGAGGAUGACUUGGGUUUUGAUCCCUUUGAUGUCACUCGAAAAGCCUUAGCAGACCUGAUUGAGAAGGAACUGUCCGUCCAAGACCAACCUUCCCUUUCUCCCACAUCUCUUCAGAACUCCUCCUCACACACUGCAACCGCCAAAGGUCCAGGCUCUGGAUUCCUGCAUUCCGCUGCACCUACAAAUGCCAACUCUCUUAAUAGUACCUUUUCAGUCUUGCCACAGAGGCUUCCUCAAUUUCAGCAGCACCGAGCAGUUUAUAAUUCAUUCGGUUUUCCAGGCCAGGCAGCCCGCUAUCCUUGGAUGGCCUUUCCACGCAAUAGCAUCAUGCACUUGAACCACACAGCAAACCCCACCUCAAAUAGUAAUUUCUUGGACUUGAAUCUCCCGCCACAGCACAACACAGGUCUGGGAGGGAUCCCCAUAGCAGGGGAAGAAGAGGUGAAGGUUUCGACCAUGCCACUGUCAGCCUCUUCCCAUUCAUUACAACAAGGACAGCAGCCUACAAGUCUCCACACUACUGUGGCCUGACAACAGAUCUGAAAGGAAAGGAGAGGAUUAGACUCGGGGUGCUUGCAUGGGCAACUGGAUUUUUGCAUGGUUCCUCUCUGACUUCAUUUAAUGUAUACACCCACAAGAGCCAAUAUAAACGUUCCUCAUGCGACAACUAGCGUGUACCUCAUAGUUGCUAAAGUAUUUCUUCAUUGGGCCUUUAACAUAAUUUAUUAGCAUAAUAAUUUUGACAUUGUUUCUCAUGAGUGAUACUAUUUUUAACUCAUACAAAUAAACUUAGAGUAUUAAUUAAGAUCCCAGAGGAGAUUAGCUAGACCUGUUCUUGUUUUGACUCUAUUAUUGGAAAUAUACAAAAGUAAUGGUAGUUCUUUGUUUUUUGGUUUGUGAAAAAAAAAUGGUAAUAUUCUAAUCUACUCCAAAAUUUUUGAAACAUUAAGAUAAUGUCUAUUGCAUUCUUGGAAUUUUUGAAAAGAAAGAAUACAUAUAAAACAAAACUGGUGGUGUCAUUUAAUGCUCAGAAAGAUGUUGUCAGCUGUUGUUUUUAGUUGCCUAGAUUUAUAUCAUAUAUAAUGCAUUACAUGUAUACAAAACUGUUUUGUUCUUUCUCAUUUGCACAUUUGCACUUUUCUUUUUGAAUGGUUGUUAAUUAUACAUAGAUGGUUAAAAGGUAAUUAUUAUGGCCUAAAUGCAAUAUAAUCUCUUUUCUAAUGCACUGCCUAGUAUACCAGGAAAUGCCUCAAAAACAGAACUUCAACUUGUAGUUGACUUAUUAGAAACUUGAACAUGGGGUAAACAUUGUAUGUAAGUAGUAGCCAUAAUAGUGUAACAUUUUUAUUGAGCAAACAGUAGUUCAGUGGAAUCUGUUUGGAAAUUGCAUUGUUAAAUAAAUGAUACGUGAUAAAAGUACCUGACCAGAUAAGACUUAGAGUGGAAGAGAGAAGCUAGGUGUCCUGUAAAAUGAGAUAAGUGUAAGUUGUCAUAGAUAACUUAGAUAAUGAAAGAACAGUGGAGUACUUUAUAAGGGCAUAAUGUAAAGUGAUGCUUUUGAUAAUGCAAAACUUCUUGAAAGUUUCAAAAAUGAUAAUAAAAAAAUAAACUGAAUUUAGUUCUGAGAAAUGGACAAAAGCUGAUUUAAAAAAAAAAAUAUCACCGUAAUUUCCCUAAAAGCGUUUGGGGAGAAAGAGAAAGCCAGACCUCUUGAGAUUUAAAAAAAAAAAAAAAAGAAAAAGAAAAAAAAGUAUGCCUUAAUUUGUUAAAAACAAUAUGAAAAGGGUACUGUGAAUACCAAAAAAACCUUAAUAUUAUGUUAAAUCUAAGUUAACAUAAUAUUAAUAAUAAACCACCUUAUGUGAAGAUGAUGCUAAUGUUUUAUAGCAUUGGCAUUUCUCGGUUACUUUUGAAUAUAAAGUAUGGUAACUUCCUGUAUAUUACAAAAUAAAUGGCUUCAUUCUGAGGUAUAGUGGAAUAAAGUGGAAAUUUAUUCUUAGAUUUAUUUAUUUAUUUUUAAUUUGGUUGAGGUCACAGAAUUGACCAAUUCUCUACCCAUCUAAGUUAUGUUUUUAGAGUUCAUCGUAACUAUCGAUCUCUAGCUCUCAUUUAAAAGUAAAUUUACAGCAACAUUAUAAGAAAGCCACUGUCUUAGAAAAUACGAGAACAAUAGUGUACACUUAUUUAAACUUCAGCCUUUAGUCAUAUCUUAAUUUAGUUAUGGUUUUCAUUUGACUAUAAUGGAUCAAGGAUUGCUAUGUGUUCUGUGGGGUUAGGGCUUUUGGACUGUGUUACUGGAAAUCUGGCUUCUUGUAAUGAUGCUUACUAGACUUAGCUUUCUGCAGCUUUCACAUGAGCCUUUCAGUUGGCUCCCUUUUCGUACAAGGCCACAGAGGAUGCCUGGCUCCCAUUUACUCACUCUGUUGUGACGGAUGCUGUGAGCAAAGUUUCUUUCCUUCUCUUUCUCUGUCCUUUUUCAUUCAUAAUUUGUAUAGAAAAUUUGUCCAAAGUUUUCCCAGACUUGCCCAUCAUCCCCAGUAAGAGUUCAAGGCUAUUUCUUCCCUGCAUCCUUUCUUUUCCCUGUACUUUCUGACAUACCAUGAAUUUGGGAAAUGCUUUUUAGGUGAUUAGAACUCAGCAUUACAACUUUUAUGUAAAAUGGUUAAGAACUUACUUUUAAACUGUGUUUUGUUUUAAUUUCUAGACCCCAUUAGGCCUCACCUUUUUGCUUAAUAUUAAUUUUGCUUAAUGUUUUUUAGACAUCUUUUAAGUUAUAAUUUCCACUAAAGGAUAGAAGAAAUUUUGCAGUACAUAAAAAUACCAUUUUAUGUGAUGGGCAAAUUUAACUAAAAUGGUGGAAACAAUGAGAAAUGAUAAGAAACUUCAGGUGUGUCAGUACAUUUUUGUACGGUGCAUCUUACACUAGCAUACUUCUUUUAUUGGCCAUUAUAGGUGACUAUUUUCUUUAACACAGGAAUUUUUAACCCGGAGUCCCAAACUCUUGGAAGGUAUAUCUGAAAUGGUGUGUGUGUUCAUAUGCAUGCCUGAGCACCCACUCGCAUAUCCACGUGCACUUAUUUGUUGAUUUUCUAAGGAAGAUCCAUAGUUACUAGAUGAUAAAGAGUUUGGUGACAUUCUCCCUCUCCAAAAGGUUUCAAAUGGUUAAGAAAUGACUGCCAUGAAAUGCCUUUAGUCCCUGAAGAAAAUAGAGUCCUGUUCUGACUGACUUUUAGUUCUGGGAUGUGAGGUGCUCUUUUGUUUUCUCAAAGAUCUCAGUAGAAAAUGUUUUGAUAAAUAAUGAUUUCCUUUCCAUUCUUUGUUUUCUUCAGGUGGUAGAUACUUUGGUAUAUUCUCCCUUUUAUUUCAGCAAAGCAUUAAUUAAAUAUUAUUGUUCUAUAAAGUGACCUGAGCUAGAUCUUGAGUGAUACAAGGUUGAAUAAAACAUACAGACACCAGUCUAGUGCAGACUUAUUUCACAUUAUUUUUAUCAUGUCAACCCUUGAUUGCUUUUAUCACAACAGCCCCGGCAAUCCAGACUCAUCCCAAUACUCAUCCCAGUAACUGCUCUGACAGUGGCAACAAAGAGUGUUCAAUACUGAUACUUGCAAAUUGAUUUGAAGGGAAGUUUAAACAAACAAUAGAAAAGACACUCUCAUCAUUCUAUUUUAUGAAUGUGUAUGCUCAUGUCUCAGCACCCUGGAAAUUGAAUUAUAUAAUUGUGUUUCUUUUAAGUAAGCAAUUUUAGUGCAUUUUUUUUGUCUGUGCAUACUUGUACUGAUAUAGUUUAUUUGUAUGGUAUUCCAAGAACCUUCAAAAUAGCCACAAACUUCUUCUGUUCUGACACAGGUUCAUAGAGAGGUAUACCAGAGACAAAUUGCUACAAAAAGCCCAGAGAAACGAAAGCAUAUAGGAGCUUUUGAAAGCCCAUAAACUGAGCACUACUGUGUCUUUUGUGGAGACAAGGGGAAGGGGAGCUUUAUCUUGUGUUGGUUUGUAGGGAUUUUGAUUUUUUUCUUUAUUUUUUUGAUCAUGAAGUUUGCUUAAAUCUGUUUAAUUGGCUUAACAGAUGAAAACAUAGUAGCCUUUUCUUUUUAAUUGAAAUAAUAAUCUAUAUUCUGUGCAAUAGCCAAAGCCAGAUAUCUGGUGGUAAGCCAAGUACAUCUGCUCUUAGUACUGUCUCUCUUUCCUUUGUUGAGUGAACAUUCGCUAUGAGCCUCGUCAGGUUGGGUAAGUGGCUGUAGUGUGUGCAAGCAUUCGAACAUGCAUGUUUAGUAAGUCAAGCACUGUGCUGAUUUAAAAACAAAACAAAAAACAACAGGAGUUAGAAAAGGAACUUAUUUUCUAAAAAGCAGGAUGUUGUUACUUUUGAAGAGGACUCAACAUUUAGAUUAAAAGAGAAAGAUGUUCCAAUAAAGGAGGACUGAGCCACUGACCAGAAGACUGGAAAAUAGAUGUUGCCUGACGUGUAUGGAUCCAAGUAAGCUAACGCCUUGAAAAUGAAGAAGAAAAGCUUAGUCUCAGUAUGGUGGGAUGGGUGCUGUAGGGUUUUGAUAUGCUGUAACACUAUUGUAGCAUUUUUAAGAGGAGUAAUUUGGUAAGUCAUUUUAUUGCCGUUCAGGACAAAUUAGAAUCCUGUUUCAGGAAGCCGCUGUUGACCAUUGCAAAAAGAUGACUUAGAUUAGAAUAGGUUUGGUUAAAAAUUGCAUAAAAUGGUUCAAAAUAGGAGCUAGAUUUAAAAAAAAAAGAUAGGGAUGUCAUUAUUUGUCAUUUAUUGAACACUAAACUGUUCUUUUAUGUGAAAUCUAAUCACUGACUCACCUUCCACAUCACUCACAACAUAGGUUAACAGAAAAUAUCUCACGGGCCUCCCAGCUGGCCUCAAGCUCACUGUAUCACUGAGGAUGACUUUGUAUUUCUGAUCCUCUGCCUUCAUCCCCACUGUUCUGAGACUGGGAUUACAGGCAUGUGUCACCAUGCCCACUUUUAUGUGAUGCUGAACAUUGAGCCAGGGUUUCAUGCUUUACCAGCUGAGAGUUAUGUCCUUAACCUCUCUCCCCACCUUUAUUCUUUUAAAAGACAGGCUCAUAUUUACCCCAGGCUGGCCACCUUCUAUCUGUCUCAGCCUCUGGAGUGCAGGGUUUGCAGGUCUGCCCCAGGAGGAAAACAAAUUUGUGAGAUGAGGGUUCCUCUAGAGAUUUGGGGUUUAUUUAUUAAAGAAUUGUGUAAAGAUAGGAUUCUGCUUACAAUUUUUUUCAUAGUUUUAUUAAGUGUGCUUUUUAAAUGAUCUUUGGUUUAACAAAGUUCAGCUGUGGAAAAAGCAAACAAUUAAGAGAUUGACUAGUAAGUGAAGAAAAUGAAAACAUAAAUAAAUGCAAGAUUACAACAUUAAAAAUAUUCAGUCUAUUCAGGUGUGCUGCCACACACUUUUAAUCCCAGUGCAGAGGCAGGUGGGCCUCUGUGAUGUCAAGGCCAGUCUAGCCUAUAUAGUGAGCUCCAGGACAGUCGAGAGUACAUAAUCUCGUAGUCAAGAAGAGGCCAGUAAGGCAUUGCCUACAAGCCUGUGUUGUAAGUGAUGUGCAAGGAGAUUCAAUGACUUUAGAUUUCAUGGCAAAGAAUGGGAUAGUGUUGAAUGCAUGACAAAUAAUGAGGUUAUUAUGAUCAGUGUGAUGACCUGAGUGCUAAUUAAAAGAUGAGAAACAGGAAAAGAUAGUAGGUUAUAUGAUUGGUAGAACAGUUUGCUUUUCUAACCCCUCUGUGGUCUCUACCCUAUUUUCCUUCAGUCUUUGUUGAGAGUAUAGCGUCGAUUUGAAUUGUAGAGAGCAUGAUGUUGCCUAUAGAAUCUCAAGUCAGGUUUCUUAUAAGUUGAAAUGAUCCAAAGACAAACUUCCUGAAAGAAUAAUAGGAAAACAUAAAAGGCUAGGGUAAGGUGAGUUGGGCUGGAGAAACCUCCGAAUAUGCAAAGGAAUUGUAAUGUUGGGGUCUGAAACAUUAGGAUGAACUGGAUGUGAAGCAUGGCAAAUCUGUUGAAGAGCGCAUUGCUGAGCCAGAGUUUCCCACUUAAGAAGGAAACUGGAAACUUCCCACAUAGGCUUUCCACUCACGAAGGCAAAUACUAAACACAGUUGGAUUAGGCCAUUCUGCAUUAUGUGUAUAGCAAGUUAAGAGCACGCAAUGGAGUGGGGAGAACUUAACAGUUUCACCUUAAAAGACAAGAUACUGUAUGAACAAAUCUCCAAAUAUGGGGGCUAAUAUUUUUGGUCCUUACAAUUUGUAUACUUAGGUUGGUAAUCUUUCCAAAAUUUCAAAAAAGUUACUGAAGUGUAGUACAGCAGGAAUGAAGUGUGUGUGUGUGUGUGUGUGUGUGUGUGUGUGUGCGUUCAUUUAAUUAGUAGCAAAUAUCCUAGUUUGUAAGCAGCCCUAGUUUUCUGAAAUGAGUAUUUUAAGUCAACUGGAUUUGCUGCCACAUAUGUAGGAUGAGAUGUCAGUUCUGACACAUUGUUCAACAAAACUACAUUUGUGAAACCAUGCUGAUUGCGAAAACUCUGUUCUUAGACCUCUUUACUAGUCUGUGAUCAGCUUCUGGGAGAAUUAAUGUUACUAUCUGCCUUACUUUGAUUUCUGUUGCUCCAAUAAAAUUCUUUGACAAAGGCAACUUAGGAAAAGGAGCGCUGUUUGCUCACAGUCCCAAGCUAAAGCUCAUCAUAGGGGCGUUCCAGUUCAGGGACUUGCGACAGCUAUGAUGUUUUAUCGAAGUCUGGAAGUGGAGAGGAAGGAGUUAUUUGUGCAAGUUAUGCCCCACCAGCUUUCUCUGAUUUACACACUCAGUACACAACUCGGGAAAUGGUGCUACCUGCUUUUAUACUAGAUCUUCCCCAUCAGUUAAUGUGAUCCAAAUAAUCUCCCAUCGAUGUAAGCAUAGGCCAAAUUGGUCUGGACCUACCUUCAUAGAGACUCUUUCCUGGGUGAUUUUAGAUUUCUUCAAGUUGGCAAAACUGUCACACCAGUUUUAAUUCCUAGUCAUUAAAAAAAAAAAAAAAGUACCUUUUACCUGUUAGAUACCUAGGGUGAGGUGAGCCUAGGCAAUUUAAGCCACUUGAAGGCUUGACUCAAGUACCCAGAGUUUCUCUAAAAUAGUAGGAAAUGUUGACUUCAAGUGCUGAUUCAUUCUUUUUAGCUUCCUUUUGACCACUCUUUCUAGACAACUAUUGAUUUCAUUCAUAUAGGCCAUUUCACACAAUUUGGAUUAUUCUAAAGAUCCCCAGCAGCUCUGGACUGACCUUAGAACAAUAUUACCACGCCUGCUCCUUUUUAGUACUCAGACCCGCUGUUACGCUGUUAAACUGAAAAGCAUUGCCCCCAAAACUCCCUCCCACUGUAUACUUUAUAAGGCUUUUACAUACCCAUGACUUUCUUUUUCAUAGAUGUGAAAUUCAUGUACAGUAGAAUUAACUAAACAUGUACAGGGCAUUGGCCUGGUACUACUCUUUAAAUUAUCUCAUUGUUAAUGAGAAUUUGGCCCCUUUAUUGUUAGGGCAAUGUGAUAAUGGCUACAUCUAGAUUCCAUAUUUUACUCAGUAAGCCAAAAAGGUAAAUAAACAUAAAACUUUAAUACACUCAUAUCUUUUCACAAUAGUACUCUUUCAACUUAAGCUUUGUUUUCAUUCCCACUGCCAACCCCUUUCCUCAACAAAACCCCAGAAGAACAAGGAGCCAAAGCCUAGAGAUCUUUGCUUUUUUUUAGGAACGGCUGCCUGCAUGGUUUUGAAAUUGUAAUAGCAGUCUUAACUAUGUCUUGACGAUGCUUACUUAGCACCAUGCAAGAAAGGCUUUACUUAGCCAAGGUGAAAAGUAUACUGCUUGUUUUCUGUGUGUGCAUGAGGCUUGUGAGUGUCAUACCUGUCUGCAUGUGCAGGUAGUGUAUAAAUCCUUUACCUGAUGACUGUGGCAGAGAAAAUAUUCUCAUGCUGUCUUUCUGUGGCUUCUUAUGUAUUUGUCCCUGCUGUGUUUUACUUCAUUCGUAUAUUUUGGAUUAAUGCUAUCUCUUAAAAAUAUUUUGUCUUUUCUUACGGUUUUGUUUUGUUUUGUUUUUGAUACUGUUUAAAUUCAGUGAAGUUGUAGAACAUGUUCCCAGCUCACCCUGAUGACAGUUUUUUUGUGUGUUUUUUUUUUGAAAUAAAGAUUUUUAUAACAUUUUCUCAUCAAAGUUUACUACUACAUAAGUCCAUCCCAUGCUACUCUUUAGAAAAAUCUUUGAAAAAAAUUUUGAAGAUUUAUAUUACAAGCAUGAGUUCUGAUAGGUACCGUAAUCUUUAGCAAUCUUCCUUGAGGAUUUUUUUUUUGUAGUCACAUUCAGACACCAAUUUAGUGUUCCUUUAGUCCUGUCUGUAUUAUUUUUUUUUUCAUGUAUACAACUCAACAGAGGAAAAAAAUACUAAGAUUCUGAAUUUUCUUUUAUGCAUACAACUCACCGGAAAGAAAGGACUUAAAGAUUCUGGAAGUGUUUCCUCACUAAAUGUGCGUCUUUAAUGUGCGUCUAGUUUAACUGUGCUAGAAGUUUUCUCAAGUCAAGGGUUUUCAGCUGAGUCAGUAAAAAUGAAGGCUUUCAAAAUGUCUAUGCUCCAGCAGUUAUCAUGUGUCCUGUAAGCUAUCAAGUAAAAUGUGGCCCAGUUGUAGUGUUUCAAGGAUUCUUCAUGUAAACUUCAUUAUAUAAUUGCUAAUGUCAGAACUAAAAUAAAGAUUAAAAGGUGGGGAAUUUAGUUUACACGGACUUUCUUCGGUACCAAAGAGCAUGAAGACCAACAUCUAUUACCACUAGACUGCUGGGAUCUCUAAUACUCCGAAAUAAACAACCCCCAACACCUGUGUAGUAAUGGCUCUAAGGGACAUCAGCAACACUAAAGGCGUGCCCUCACAUUCAGCUUUGAAGAAGUGGUACCCCGUGUUACAUUUUGUAGACUGACAGCUACUUUGCUGCCUUUUUUCAGUUGAGGACAUUGUUGCUUUUAGUAUACUGAAACAGGAAAAACUGCACAAGAAUUUAAAGAUGAUAAUACCAUCAGCAUCUCCAUGGGGGGGGAGUCAAGAAAGCUGCCGCCAGUCAACUGUAACAGCCUGCUGAUAUGGCAAAAUAGAAUUCCAAUCACUCAAUUCCAUAUUUACUUUGCUGUUGGUCUCAGAACAAAGUAGCCUGAAACGUCACUGCAAUUGUUUGAUACCUCGGCAUAUUACAUGUAGCCUUUUGCCAGGAGUUUGACACCAUAAAGCCCUGUGGUUUUGUUUUGUUUUUUCUUUUUUGGUCUUUCGUUUUUUUAAUUCUUUGUUACAUCUAUAAAUAAAGGUAACCAGGCUGUGGGUUGUGAAGUCAUCCACCAAGUAGGAACAUUUUGCAUUUGCCUUAAGCUGAGUGUUGGGUUGCAUGCUCUUGUUCCACGUAUGUGUUUGCUAUUAAAAUAAUACUUUUUAUUAAAACCCAUAAUCAUGGCACUUGUGCAAGGUCCUGUGUUUGAUAUCUAGCUCCCUCUAUCCCCCCAAAAAGAGAAAAGAUUUCUUCUUAAUGCCCAUUAAGGAAAGAUUAUCUGUCAGGUUUAAUUCCUUACCCCUUCUGAAUUGUUCACUAGUAAACCUGUGAUCUUCACAUGGCCAAAGUCAGUCCUGCUAGAUAAUCUGAAAAUCUGGCAUGUUAAGGUUUAUCCUUUUAUUUUUUUGUCUUGAGACAGGUUUAUACUUUUAAGCCAUGGCUGGUUUGUAACUUGCUUUGAACACUAAGCUGGCCCUGAACUCACAGACAUCUACCUGCCUCUGCCUCCUAAAUACUGAGAUUUAGGGCAUGCACCACCACACCCAGCCUCUUGCUGUAGUUUAAAAUUUACUCAAAUAUAUUUACUAAAAUAAGCAUGGGUUUUAAUAAUCCCAAAAUACUCUAUUUAAGUUAUAACAAUUUCAGAUUAUAAUUUUUGAACACCUUAUGUGCCAUUCUUUCACUUGUGCUCACAUCUUUAUCUUUUUCUUUCUUUGAACAAAGAAUCAUUUCUUGCUCCAUGUAAUUUACCACAAUUAGUGGGGAAGUCACAAGUAGAUCUUCUCAGUUUAUUUAUAUUUUAUUUUGAGACAGAGCCUCAUGGAUUUAAAGGCUAGCUUUAAAUUCACUAUGUAUCAAGAUGACCUUGAAUUUGGCCAUCUUUUGAGUGUUGGGAUUACAGGUGUGUACUAAUGUGUCUGCUUUUAUGUAGUGCUGAGAAUCAAACCCAGGGCCUUGUGUAUGCUAAGCAAGCACUCUAUCAACUGAGCUACAUCCUCAAUCCCAUAACUAGACUUUAGUGUUUGCUCUUUGUAUGCUUCCCCCACUGGAUCUAAUAGCCUGUAUUUUUUUCUAUUACAAAAGAGAAUGGUGUCUGUCAGAGCUGCUGGUUAUCACUCAGUAUAUAAUGUUAGCAGGAACCAUUCUACUCCCUUAUCCUUUUGUUUCUAAAAUGGAUUUUUGUUUUUAAGUGAUCAUAUUCUUUUCUUCCUUUUUCCUUUGAAUUGAAACAACACAUUUGAACAGAAGGCAUAGUCUGGGUUUUGGAAUUGACUGAAGAGCAACCCUUGCAUUGUUAAAUGUUGAACCAACAGAUUUUUGGCAUUGGAAGGUUUUAAUAUUCAGUUAAGGCAAGUUUUUAUGGUACUCUUUAAAAAUCAUGUAUUAAUUCUAAUUUUUUUUCACCAAAACAUUAGUUGUAAUUUAGUUGAAGCUCCAGAAUAUCUGAAAUAAGAAUUACAGUUUCUGACUUAUAUUUAAAAUGUAUUCAUCUAAUCUUCCUUCCCUCUUUCCUUCCUGCCUUCUUUUUCAGUGAGCUUGAAUAUUGACUGAGAAUUGGUUCUGUCAAGACCAUCUCUGGCAAUCUGUUCCAAAUUCAACUAUAAUAAAUCAUAACUAAGGAUGAACACUUACAUAAAUACAUAUUUUUUAAGUGAUUUUAAAAUAAAAGUCUUUUUAGUGGACUGGUGGUAAGCAUAAAAGUCUUUAAAUUCAUCAGAGUCUUUUGAAAUGCUGUCCUCCAGAAGAGGAUUGGCUUUUGUGAACUGGAAAGGAUGUGUUCUUAUUAGGAUGCAAUAAGUAUGCAUGCGUGUGUGUGUCUGUGUGUGUUAGAGAGAGAGAACCACUUUAAUAGUUAUAAAUAAGUGGUAUACAUAUACAACAUAGAAGUCAAUAUCAGGUCAUUGUGUUGUUGAAGAAUAUCCCUGUUCUUUAAAUUGAAACAUCGCUUGAAAAUUGGAAGCAGAAAAGGUUUAAUUUUAUUCUAGUAAAUAAAUAAGAGGGAAAGCAAAAUAGCCCUAAAGAAACAACAGCAAAACGUGUGUGCUUAGAGCUGCUUUAUUACAGCUGAACCAGAAAAUCUCCCAUGUGCUCCAUGUCCCCAUACAGGCACAGCUUCCUCCAUUAUCAGCAUCUUCCAGCUGAUGAGCCUACAUUGAUCCAGCAUGAUCAUCUAGAGUCCAUAGUUUAUAUCAGGCCUGCUCACUCAUGCUGUUGUACAUUGUACAGAAUUAGACAAGUAUACAUGACAUAUAUCCAUCAUUGUACUGUCCUCUGUAUUCUACUCCUACAUCCCUCUCCUCUAAGCCACUGCUCUGGGUACUCUCCCUGUAGUUUUACCUGUUCUAUUUUUGUCUUUGGAAUAGCUUUCAAAUUGUCUUCUUUCACUUAUUAAUAUACAUUUGUUUCUGUUAGUCUUUUUUCCCUUAGAACACACAUUGCACAUAAUUAGUAAAAUUUCAGUAUACACAUGUUUCUUUCAGAAAAUGAACAUUUGUUAUACCAGCCAGUUUCAAACCUUAACAAAUGCCUGUUGGGUAUGCAAAACUUCUACAGUAAGAAACUUCUGGAGUGUAUGAGUGGUCUGUCAAACUGUACCUGGAGUUGUGCGAGUCAUCUGUUACACUGUAACUGUACUCGUUCCAUUCUGUUUUCAUAGAAAGUGAUGAUCAUGUUUUGAGAGUUUUUUUUAUGAAAUCACAAUAAAGUAAACCAUUCUAAUGCCUAGAAAUACUUAAGCAUGCAGCUCAUGACAAGUGUUGAAUUUGCCAGUUUUAAUAAUGUUUUGGAAAAAUGAAUAAUUUUAGUUAUUUCAUUUGUAAUUUUUUGUGAAUUUAUAAGCCCUUAAGAUAACUCUAUGCUUAUGUUUGUAGGAAGUGUCUUUUAGAAUCAGGUAAAGCUGACUAAGCUUCACUGUUGUAAUAAAAGUGAACUGUAUAAUCAACAUGCAAUAAAGACAUAGCUUUAGUGACCUAACUUCGAGAUCAUUGGAAAAUCUCUUUAAUAUUAAAAAUUAGGAACAUCAGAAAUCUUAGAAAGUUUAAUAGACAUAAAACCAUUGGGAAUUGCUGCAAAGUCAACAAAAAUAUCUAGUCUUGAAUGCAAAACUGAAGAGAAACUUGUACCCCAAUAAAAAAUGUCUUAUCAACACUAAACAACCAAAAGCUGUUGCUGACUUUAUUGGGAAUAGUCAUUCUCCACUCAUUCAGCAGGGAUGUGAGUAGGAAGCAGAAAGAACAGUGUGGCUAUCACGUGAGUGUGGAAACAUGUUGGAGAGAGUUGACAUUCUCUGCAUGUUUGGGAGUGGUGUUGCUUCAGGAGCCUGCCAAGCUUGGACCUACUUUGUGUGUGAGCUUGGCUUUGGAAUCACCUAGUCAGAAUAAACUUGAACUGUAACCCUACCUUUUCCCUGCAUUGUUAAGAUCUCCUCCCCUAAAACUCCAACUGCAUGUUAUCCCUUUCCUUUCUUUUCCAGUACCACCACAUAUCUUUUUUUAACCAUGUUUCUACCAAGUUAGUGCUUAUUUGAUGUUCACAGAAAAAAAAUUAUGCACAUUUACAAUGGUCUUUACUGAGUUGGACACAAUUCCAAAAGCUUCAAAAAAUACUUGAAUUUUCAGAAUAUUUUAAGUAUACCAUUGAGUUGUCAAAGAACUUUGUUUUACUAAUCAAGAGUUCUUUAGGAAAACUUGUAAUUGACAUUUUUUUCAUAGUUACACCAAAAUCUUUUCAUCUUUUUCUAUUUGCACCUUAAUAAAUCCAUGAAGGCUGUUACUGCUUGUAUCCUCCAUUGUGGAUAUAGAUAAGAUCCAUUCACAUGUAACUUGAUCCCCAGUUCUCCCUGUAGCUCUCUAUACUACAUGUCAACUUGACAGUGCCUUUCUUAGGGCUGUCUUAAAUCUGAGGGCAGUGAUUGGCAUCUGUUUUAAUGAAAGCCAUUAUUGCCAGUACUUGCCCUUACAUUUAUGCCCAUACAGUCCUUUUAUAAAAGCAUCUAAAAUAAAAAAAGAGGGAACUAAGGCUCAAACUAGUUACCACUUGUGGCUCAGCUAGGGUUGUGCUAUUUCUGAUUUAGACAUGCACAUCUGUUUACACGGAGUUUUAAGAUUUUUUUUUUCUUUUUUACCAGAUGUUAUUACAAGUCUGCUGAGUGAAAUCAUUAUGCCUUUUCCCAUGCACAUUACUGGGUAGUUAGGGUUUUUUCCCACCUCCUGUACUCUCCUGAUGCAUUUUUUUAAAAUAGGAAUUGUAUUCUUGAUAUAUUUUAUGUGACAUGAUUUGAUCUACUUGAGUGUAUUCUGUUUAUAAGUCCUCAUCUUACAAGUUUGCCUUAAAAAAGGAAUACAUAAUUAUAAGGUGACAGAUAAAUAUUGUUAGCGACUAUUUGAAUUUUUGUAAAGAACAUUAAGAAGAGGUAUUUUUCACUCUUUGAUUCUGUCAUCUGUGCAGUUGGACUUUUGUUUCCAUGUUAAGUAUACAGAAAAACAGAGUUAAACAAAUGAAGAAGUAUGACAGACUGACACAGUAUCUAAAGUCUUACAUAAAUUUGUCUAAGCUCAUGCUGGUCUCAAUCAUCUUUACCCCAAGAAGGAAUCAUUAAAAACAGCAUGGGUUCCUGAAUUCAAGAAACAUUAUACUCCAACAACCAAAGAGCCUAUUCAGAGAAAUAAUUUUGAUGUGAUCCUUCUUUAUAGAAAGUCUUUGGCUCCCAUUGGUAACUGUACCACUCUGGGGGUUGUUGUUUCAGUGGGAUAAAAGAAGCAUUAACUGCAAAGCUUGAGAUUUGGGCAGAAUAAGAGGAAAUAAGUCACAAGUUCGGGGAAGAGGGUAUUUCCCCUGAGAGUAGCCUUCAGUAAAAGAUACCUCCAUGACUACCUGUUCAUUUCAAAAUAAGUGUAACUUCUUGAAUAUUUCAGUCGAAAGGGAACUACAGUUCUUGACAAAAUGUUGCUUAAUAGAGAAAUGUUUUGAAAAGUACACGGAGCAGAGCAGUUGUUGGUUUCAGUCAUUGAAGAAUUCAGGCAUGUCAUUUCUGCAGUCUGCCUCUUGCCCGUGUGUGGCUUGUCUCUCAACAACGGCAGUAGGGUCUUAUCUGUGAGGACUGAUACCCAGGAUGCACUUUACUUUGUGUCUAGAGAACUGAGCUUGACUCACUGUAGCAGAUGCCUUUUAACUGCUUCUGCAUCUCCUGUCUUUAUGUACUUAAUCUGCCCUUUUGGCUAGGAGAGCCUGCUUCUUUCAAAUAAGAUGGAUGGGAGUGAAAUGAACAUUGAAAUAUGAUCUCUGCCUUUUUCCGUGGCUUAAUAUUAAUAACCUAAGACUGAACAGGAGCUUUUCCUUUUUUUUUUUUUUUUUUUUGGUAUUUCACACAUAGCCGUUUCUUGUCAUUAGCAUGCAAUGGAUUGUUAUGGAUUCUAAUUUUAAUCCACAAGAUUAAAAUUAGAUAUUAAAAUUUGUAAUCCUACAUUACAAAUAAUAUAAUAUGUCUAUUCCAUCUUUGCUAAUCUUUUCAAAUAUAAUCUCAUCAGAUCUUUCUCAUACAACUGACUUCUUUAUAUGCCAUCUCAUUUUUAUUUCCUUAUUAGUAUUAUUAAUAUUUAUUGGUGCAUAGCUAGAAUUCUGUCACCUGUGUAUCAUUGCCCCCACCUGGGAACCACCUUCACCCAUUUUUUUUUUUUUUACUUGUUUUAGAAAAUUUUUUUCUUUCUUUUUUAUUUACUUAUUUUUUUGUUUUUUGAGACAGGGUUUUCCUGUGUAGCCUUGGCUGUCCUAGAACUCACGCUGUAGACUAAGUUGGCCUCAAGCCCAGAGAUCCACCUGCUUCUGCCUCCCAGUGCUGGGAUCAAAGGCAUGGAACGUUAUUAACUAACCUGGAAGCACAUUGUUCAGUGCCAUUUGUCCUGUUGCCUCGUGAAGGUCAGAUACUAUUUACAAACCAAGAAAGAACUCAGAGACCAUUAGGAAAGAAUAAGCGUGAGUGAAUGAUUACAGUGCACUGUGGUAGUAACAAGUAGCCAGGAGGAUUGCCAUCUAGGAACUGGAGUCUAGUUAGUCCUUACUAACAUCAUAAAUCCCAAAGAGUCCGAAUCUUUACAGCAGGUAACUAGUUCCCUUGUUGGUAGAAUAGGAUUCCUGUCCUUUCUUACUGUCUUGGAAAAGACAUGUAGGGGGGCCUCAUUUUGUCAGGUUUGUUUUCUUAGAGCAGAUUUAGACCUCACAAGAUGCUACAGUGGUUGAUAGCUUGCAUGUCUUCAAUUUUUAAAUGUGUUUUGGGGAAACCAUGUUCUGUUGAGUGCUCUGGUGGCCUCAUGUCUUCUUCGGUGUUUAUCAUGUGGUCUCUGUGUUCACUACAAGGUUAGCCCUAAUCCAGCCCUAACCCUAACGUGCUCAGAGUUGAUGCUCAGUUUCAUGCACGUUGAAGUGCGUGUCUGUGAGCUUCCUUUUUCAUCAGCCUCCGUAGUUUUCCUAGACAGGUCUGUCUGUCUCUCCCUCUUUCUCUCCCUUUCCCUGUCCUCCGAGUCUCUCCCUCUCUCUUCCUCUGUCUCUUCCCUUCCUCCUUCAUUGAGUUUUAUGUCCUCUGAUUCAGAUUCCUUCUGUUCCUUCUGUGAUUACUUCUACUGUAUAUCUUUUGUAUUAAACUUAUAGUUUGCUUUCUCUUGUUUUCCAGAUGGGUAGUGCUGGGUACCCUUGGCUGGCCUGAAACUUACUUUUGUAGACCAGGCUGCCCUCAAAUUUGUGGUGAUCCUUUUGCUUCUGCCUCCUGUGAUGUGUGGUAACCCUUUAGCUGCUGAGAUAACAGGUGUGCACUAUGACAUCAAUGUUUUCCUCAUAUAUAAAGCAGAAGAAUGCACAAUAUGUAAAGCAUACCUGCUUAUGUGCUUUUGUGACCACCUCCCUGCCUCUGUUCUGCACAGGAAGCUCUUUCCUUCUUCCCCUGGUGCUUCCCUGGCACCAUAAUCUCCUCUGUAGAAUGGCAGGAUGACUCACUUCCUUCUUUGUGCCUCAUAGAACCUGCCUGGUAUGUAUGUCACACGAUCUGGGUAGGUAACAUGUCUUCUUGUACUGUAUGUAGCUUACAGUCCUGCCUGGACCACCACUGGUUGGCAGUGACUUUUACAGAAACAGAUGCUUUAAAGUUGAACUGAUCUUGGUUACUGUUGUUAACAUCUUUAUAUCACGUUGGGUGACUUCUUUAAAGGAACAGCGGCUACUCAGCUUCCUCAUUUGUAAAAUGAAACUGCUACUUAACGUAGAGGGACUGUUAGCCCUGAAGUAAUGACAUAGAGCAGAGUGAGGUCUUUGGAGUAGAAAAUUGAGAAAAUGGGUUUUUAAAAUUUAUUUAUUUUAAUCUUGGUAUUUUGCCUGCAUGCAUGUCUGUGUAGAAUAUCAGAUCUUUGAAGUUCCAGACAGAUUUGAGCUGCCAUGGGGUGGGGGGGGUUGGGAGUUGAACUGGAGUCCUCUAUUGCUCUCAACCACUGAGCUAUCUCUCCAGCCCCCCGAGAAAAUGUUUGUUUUGUUUUACAAAUCUUGGUUGCUAUAAACAUAGUACCAGAAUAUUUGCUUUUUAAGAAGCAUUUCUGGCUGUACACGGUGGCAGAUACUUUUAGUCCCAGCUUUCAGGAGGCAGAGGUAGACAGCUCUCUAUGAGGCUAGUUUGAUCUACAUAGUGAAUUCCAGGCCAGCCAGGGCUGUUUAAAAAAAAAAAAAAAAAAAGUUAGUAUUUUCUCGUAAACAAUACGGAUGCAUUAGAUUUUGUUUAAAUAUAUAUUUUAAAGUGUAUGUAUUUUGGCAUCUCACAGUACUAAAAACAUCUUAGUGAUUUCUUUCUUUCUUGUUUAUAUUGAGGGAAGCUUUUUGGACCCCCAGACUUCUACCUGGCUUCAGAAAGACUUUCUAGUUUUUGGAAAGAGCCAGUUGUUCAUUGCAUAAUACUCAUAAAAUGAGCGAAUGUUGUAUAGGGUCUUCAAGUCUACAGCUAUCUUAAAAUAAGGAAGGAUAUUUUAAGACACCAAGAUGAGUGUUGCGCACACAGUGUGUGUCGUCUGGAAUGAUCUAGUGAAAGAAAAAAAGACAGUUUUUGGGAGACUAUGGGAAAAUUAAUUAAAGAAUUCCAGGAAGAAUUCUAGUGAAUUAAAUUGACAGGAAAUAGUCAAAAAAGCACAAAGCAUAUCCAACUGACCCAGGUUCCCCAUUUAUGCCACUGUAACUGCCAUACACUGGCAUAAAUACAGCUUGACUUUUAAAUAUCUAUUAAGGCAUGUGAUAUUUCCCCUUAAAACUCUAGUCAUUUUCAUAUUUACCUUUUUUUAAGUCUAAAAUCUACUUUUCUGGUGAAACCCUUAAGAAUUUGUCUGUGCCCAGACAGCUCAGCUCUGUCAUACUGGUCUGUCUUGAUUUACAAUAAACAUAGUCCUAGAAAUUGAGUAUAAGUCUAUCAUUUAAAUGAAAUAUUUUCCAUAAGCUGAUUGUAUUUAUAUCUAGAAGAAUUGUUUGACAGUCCAAGGGAUAUAUUUAAUUGAUAAUUGAGUGAUUUUGCUGCUGUCCUGAGGAAUCUCUUGCCCAUAUAUAAAACUUAUGACAAGUUUUCUAUCGUUUUAAGUUUGGUUUGGCAUAGUCAUUUAGAGUCACAUGAUAAGGCUGUUGAAGUUAGGGAAUUAGGCUUUCAUGCAGUAAACACUGAUGAGGACAGCUUUCUAUUCCAAACUAGUGUGAAAUGGCAUGUUGAGAGCAGCAUUUCAGAGACUGAUGGAGGCAGUAUCCUGUGCUCCGCUGAAAAUACAAGAUGUAUGGGCAGAGAAAAAGAAAACUGUUCGCCUUUGGGAGCUUUGUGGCGUGACCGUGAGAAAGCUUGAGGGCUAACACAGAGGAUGAAAUUGUAGGACUGACUUCUCACAUGGGCUGGCAAGCCACUUGCAGAGUGACUUAACCUGAAAUAUGAGGCGUCUGCUCUCACUACUGCAGUCUGUAGUUGAAACCCAAGAAUUAGGGCCAAAUUUGUGAGCCAGCUGUUCCACCAAAGCGUAAAAGCCAGAGGACUUGGUGUGCCUAUGAAUUUAAUUGUAUCAAAGUACCUUAGUUGAUAAGGCCUACGUGUUCACAGUCAGUCCUGUCAAUACUAAAUACUUUUAAAUGAGUAUCCUUUUACCAUAAAAUAUAUUUAGUGACUUGGUUUUCCAUUGUACCUUGCUUGGAUUUUUCCAAGUUCUGCUUGUGGAGCAUUUGUGGCAGUCAGGCUAAGCAGGUUGAGCACAGUGGCUAUUAUGGUUAAGAUCCUAAGAAGAGACCUGUGCAUAGGGCCAGUUACUGGCAAGUAAGAAAUCUUCCGCCUUGGCUCGUUAAAAUGUGACCAGUAGAGAAACAUUUGUUGUGUAGUUAUUUAUCAAGAAAUGAAUGUGCGUGUGAUGACUUUUCCUCCUAAUUCUAUCCUCGCAGGGACAGGACAGUAGAGACUAAGUGCAAUACAUGUUAGGUUAUAUUGACAGAUAGCCUUAGUGCUGCCUUCUGUAGCCCAGGGUUUUCUUCGGUAGACCUGCUGACUCUUGCAGUGAAUUCCUAGUGUUAAUCCUUAAAAGAUAAUUAAGUUAAAUCAGAUUGAGUCAGUGGUCCAAGUGCUGAGGCUGUUUGGAGGGGGAGUGAAUUUGCUCCCACCUCCCUCCCGUGACACUUAGAAAGAAUGUCUACUGUAGAUACAUUGGAUAUUCACAUCUGAGGGUAUGGUGCUGGUAAGCAUCCUGCAAUGUAUAGGACAGCGAUCAACAACAAGGAUUGUAGUGCAGUGUCCAAAGUACAGGGCAUUGCUAAAACUGGCUGCCGUGCCUGGGUGCAGCUCAGCCACAGAACAUUUGCCUAACACUACCCCUUAGUGCCAUGUUUCCAGGAAUGGGCUUACUAGAUUCUACAGUCAAAACAAAUGUGGGUCAAGCUGUGAGGGUAGGGUAGACACAGCUGUUUGGAUGAGGUUAGGAUUUACUGGUGCUCUUUCUUUACACUAACACUCAGCUCAACAGUAGAGAAGGUGGGGAAGCAGACUUUCUUCUAAGCUCUUCAGAAUAUGUUUUCAUUUUAAAAGCUAAGGCUGUGGGCCCUGUGGUGUGUGAUGCUCUUCCUCAUACGUCUCCACACUGUACUCUAAGGCUCUCAGAAUGUUGAGGUUCCUGCAUUGUUUUGAGUAUGUGUAUGGGAGUAUGUGUUGUUUAUUGUUUUUCAGUAAAGAUUGUUAAAAAUUAUUAAGUAAGCUACCUUACAAUCAAACAAUGGGAAGAUUGUAGUUUCCUGAUUGUGUGUCAUGUACCACAGAUGACUCUCUUUGGCUACCACUAACACUAUUGCUGAAUUGUAUUAUUUUGCAGUCAGAGGAACAAAUAGCCCUUGAUUAAAAAGAAAGAAAACGUG